AAAGCCAACCGCCAUGAAAAGAAGAGGAAGACUUCGCUUUAGUGACACUGCGCAUGCGCUGUGUGUUGUAACUCGUCCAGUGGGUAGCGGUAAAGCGCAUGCGCAUCGCUGCUAGUUCACCAACCACCAAUAACACUAACGAAGAAGAAAAAGACGGAAACGAACCAGGAAAUGGUUGUUGUUGUUGUUGUUGUUUUGAGCUGCCCUCCAACAUGGCGGCGGUGGACGUGGAGGACGAGAGUAUCCUGGCCUCCAUCUUCAAGGACAGCUUCCCGGACAGCUGGAGGGACAACCCGGACUUCGCGGUCUACCUGUCCGAGCUGAGCUCCUUCGGGCUGGAGAAGCUGGUCCGGGAGCCGGAGCGGCUGGCGGAGGAACGGGAUCAGGUCCUGCAGCAGACCCGAGAACUGGCCUUCUCUAACUACCAGACCUUCAUCCGCACCGCGGACUGCACCGAGCACAUCUACCGGGACUUCGGCCGCGUGGAGGGCAGCGUGUCCCGGCUGCUGGACAAGCUGCCCCCUUUCAGGGAGCGGUGCAGGGGGUUCAUGAAGGAGGCGGAGCAGAUCGGAUCCAGCCGCCGCAUGAACAGCCUCACCUUGAACCGGCACACGGAGAUCCUGGAGAUCCUGGAGAUCCCUCAGCUCAUGGACACCUGUGUACGCAAUGCCUACUACGAGGAGGCCCUGGAGCUGGCGGGGUACGCCAAGAGGCUGGAGAAGAAGCACUCGUCUCUGCCCGUCAUCCAGGGGAUCGUGCGUGAGGUGCGACAGUCCGCUCAACUGAUGCUCAACCAGCUGCUGCAGCAGCUUCGCAGUAACUCGCAGCUCCCCGCCUGCCUGCGUGUGAUUGGCUACCUGCGGCGGAUGGACGUGUUCACGGAGGCGGAGCUUAGGGUGAAGUUCCUGCAGGCUCGAGGCUCCUGGCUUCAGUCCAUCCUCGCUGGCGUCCCCGAGGACGACCCCUACUUCCACAUCACCAAAACCAUCGAGGCCUGCCGAGUCCACCUGUUUGACAUCAUCACGCAGUACCGAGCCAUCUUCUCUGACGAGGACCCGCCGGCGCCCCCCGCCGACGGGCAGGUGCCGGUGAAUGAGGCCGCCAUCUUCCAUGGCUGGGUGGUGCAGAAGGUGGCGGAGUUCCUGGAGACUUUGGAGCGGGACCUGCAGCGGGGCGUGGGGGGCCGCCUGGACUCCCUGCUGGGUCAGUGCAUGUACUUCGGCCUGUCUUUCAGCAGGGUGGGUGCCGACUUCCGCGGACAGCUGGCGCCGAUGUUCCAGCGUGUUGCAGCGGAGACGUUCCGCAGAGCCGUGCGGGAGGCGGUGGACACGUUCCAAGAGGACAUUAACAUGUACACGCUUAUCGCCCUGCCGUCGGUGCUAGGGGGGGGCGUCCCCCACGUGGCCCCCGGCAUCCAGCCCGGAACCCUACAGCCCCCCAUGUCCCUGCUAGACUUCCAGCCGCUGGCCUGCUUCCUCAACAACGUCCUGACGGCCUUCAACGACCUGCGGCUCUGCUGCCCCGUGGGACUGGCUCAGGACGUAGCCUCGUGUCUCCAGGACGCGCUGAACACGGUGACCCGUCAGAUCCUGGUAUUCCACCGGGCCGAGGAGUCGGCCUUCAGCAGCAGAGAGAAGCAGCUGUUCGUCCUCUUCUGCUCUUCCUACGCUGAAGAUCUGCUGCCGUUCCUCAACCGCUGCCUGCAGCUGCUGUUCCCUCCGGCUCAGCUCGCGCUCAUCCUCGGAGUUCCUCCCACUCAGCUGCACCGGUUCGGCAGGUUGGGCUGCAUCGACCUCGCCGUAGUCCUCCAGCCUCUGGACUUCCUGCUCCCUCAGAGAGAGACGGAUAUCCACAUCACCUCCCAACUGAGCAGCCUGACCGCAGAGACCCAGAUCCAAGACCCGGGAGCGGAGCAGGACCUCAGGCCGGAGUCAGAAGGGCUCGACACGGGGUCUGGCCUCACGGACUCUGAGGAACCAGAAGAGCCGAGAAGGGAUGGAGACUUCUCUCUGGAGUGACGGAGCUUUAAUGUUGAACUAAGACUCAGAUGAAUGAAAUGUACCCUCGAAACUGACAUGUCAUGAACCAAUGAGUAAUCAAUAAAAAUAAUCCACCUCUUCA